GGUCGCUAUACGAACAUGUGAGCGUGUACACAGGCAUUUCAUGUUUAGGAAACACUGGAAGAAUUUAUCUUUUUAUCAUUUGGACUAGAGUAGGGGUUAUUCUGCCAUGGCCUCGACAGAGGAGGACUUUCCCCGUGGUGGUACAGUGAAGACCGCGCAGCCGACCAAGCCUGAGAAAUCUCAUGUGGAAGUGGACAACCUAUUUGAGACUCGUGCUCCUGAAGUUAAGAAAAAAAGGAAGUCUACCAAUCAACAGGAUGAGGAGCAAAAUGCCAAGAAGGGCAAGAAGACCAAAGAGGACUCCCUAAAGCUCAACACUGCUUCCAGUGUAGACAUCUUACAUUUGAAAGAUCUCAAAGUCGGCACCUUGCUGCUGGCCUGCGUCAAGGAAGUAACUGAUUUUGAGAUUGUGGUCGGACUCCCCAGUGGCCUGACCGGAUACCUGCCCGUGACCAACAUCUGUGAAUCUUACAACAAGUUGCUCAGUGAAAAGCUGGACAGUGGAGAAAAUGUCGAGGAUUUUGCCUCUCUCCCUCACCUCUUCAGUCCUGGCUGCGUGGUCAGAGCCGUUGUGUCCUCUCUGGUGGAGUCCAGAGAAGGCCACGUGAGCCUCAAGGUGUCCAUCAACCCCAAAGAGGUCAAUAAAGCGUUGACCUCUGGCUCAUUGAAGGCUGGCAUGACCAUCAGUGGAUGCGUGGAGAGCAUUGAGGACCAUGGCUACCUCAUUGAUAUUGGUCUCAGUGGGACAAAAGCUUUUCUUCCCAAGCCAUCUGCAAAGGCUGCAAAACAAGAGCUCAAACUUGGACAGUACGUGGACUGCUUGCUGGAGGACGUGAAGAACGAGGGUCGUCUGGUUCGCCUCUCUGUCGACCCGGCCGCCAUCUCCGAGGCCGUCGCCAACGCCGAUCACGGCUGGACCCUGAGCAACCUGUGUCCAGGCCUGCUGGUCAAUGCCAAGAUCAAGAAGGUGACCGUUCAUGGACUCAUCCUGGAGUUCCUCUCCUCCUUCUCUGGCCUGGUGGACUUCAUGCACAUCGACCCAGACAAGACCUCCUGCUACAAGAAUGGGGAUGAAGUGCUGGCGCGGGUCCUGUAUGUUGAGCCUUCCACCCGGCAGGUGGGCCUGUCCCUGCGCAGCCACCUCCUGCCACCAGGGGGCAGUGUGCUGGAGAGCGUGCAGAGCGAGCGCGUGGGCGAGGUUCUGCACGGCUGCAAGGUGGCGGCCGUGCACUUCCACUCGGGUGCCAUCCUGGAGCUGCCCGACGGCACCAAGGCAUUUGGCCACAAGAACCAGCUGAAGGAGCCCAAGGAGCCGUUUAACCCAAGCCACCUGCAGGCCCAGGCGGAAAUCACCUGCCGCAUAACCGACUUUAGCCCCCUGGAGCAGCUGCACCUGAUCAGCCUCCGCAAGUGAAUUAUUCAGCCCCCCUUCUUCAGAUACAACGACCUGAAGUCCGGACAAAUAGUAGAGGGUACUAUCUUGAGCUUGGCGCGCUUCGGCCUGUUUGUGAAGGUGACGGAUCACAUCAAAGGCAUGGUGCCACGCAUCCACAUGGCAGACGUCACCCUCACCAACCCCGAGAAGAAGUUUACCGUGGGCAACAAAAUCAAAUGCCGGGUGUUGUCAGUUGAUGUUGCUGGCAGGAAGCUGACUCUGACGCGGAAGAAGGGCAUGGUGGAGUCGCCCCUGCGGGUGUUUGCCACGUACGCAGACGCCCGCGUGGGCCGCAUCGGACACGGCUUUGUGGUCUGCGUCAAGGAGUUUGGCUGCAUUGUGCGUUUCUAUGGCGACGUGAAGGGCCUGGUGCCCCUGCGCGAGCUGAGCACCGAACAUGUGACGAUUCCCCAGCAGCUCUUCUAUGUUGGACAGGUGGUGAAGGCCAAGGUGCUGCAGUGUGACGCGGAGAACGAGAAGCUGCUGCUGUCCUUCAGAGCCGUGGUGGAGGGCGAGACGGAGGGCCAGGGACAAGCCAACAAGCCCGUCUUCAACUUCGAGAUCGGAAAGAAUGUGGAGGCACGUGUUGUCGGUAAGGUCUCUGGCGGCCUGAACUUGGCCAUCCUCCCUGAGGAGGCGCCCGCUCACCUGCCCAUGAUGCACCUCUCGGACCACGCCUCCAACUGCCCGCUACUCUGGGAGGCCCUGCAGGAGGGCGACGUCAUCUCGGACGCCGUGUGUCUCAGCAAGACCAAACAGAAUGUCAUCCUGACCAAGAAGCCCCUUUUGAGGGCGUGCCUGGAGCGCGGUGCGGCCGCCACCGAGUUCUCGGGCCUGCAGCUGGGCCUGGAGCUGACGGGCUGGGUGAAGAACGUCAUGCCCUACGGCGUGUUCGUCGAGUUCCCCCACGGACUCUACGGCCUCGCCCCCAAAGCCGCCAUGAGCGACCGGUUCGUGGCGUCCACGGAGGGCGUGUUCCAGAUGGGCCAGACGGUGCGCGCCAAGGUGACCAACCUGGACGAGGAGAAGCGGCGCUUCCUGGUGAGCCUGAAGGCGUCGGAGCUGAGCAGCCCGGAGGAAGAGGGGCAGGAGAGGCUGACCAGAGGACUCCAGGAGAGGAAGGCCGCCACAGAGAUGAUCAGUGGAAGAGAUGGCUCGGACGCGUUGCAGCAGCUGUCGUCGUUAGCUGUGGGCAGCAGGCUGAAGCUGACGGUGGACGAGCUGCUCGAAGACGCCUCCUGCUCCUUCUCCUCAGAUGACCUCUCCACCGUCUCCAUCUUGGCCUCGGAGCACCACCUGGCCGGUGUGACGGUGACCUCUGGACAGAUGGUCAAGGCAGUGGUGUUACAGGUUGACCCCAGGACCCCGCAGGUGCACGUCUCUCUCCUGCCCGCGCUGCUCAGCAAGAGGAAAACGUUGGUGAGUGGAUCAAAGCAUGAAGCUCAGAUACUUCACAUCGAUGGCGACUUUGCCGUGGUUUCCAUCGGAGACACAGCCCACGUGACCGUUGUCCCGCUGACCGCCCACCUCAACGAGACCUUCGGCAGCGAGUCGGAACAGCCGAAGGCCGGCGACACCCUGAGGGGACAGGUCAUCAUCGUUGAGCCCGUCAGUGAGGCACUGAAUGGCCUUCCGCUAGUGAGCCGUGAGGCUGGGGUCAGCGCUAAGCCGCACCUCUCGGCUGCCGCCGCCGCUGCCGUUGCCCGGCGCGAGAGGACAAUAUCGGACGGCCGUGGCUCGCUGCACAGCUUUCGCUGUGGGGACGUGGUGACCGCCUUGGUCAGCGCCAUCAAGCCCAUGCAGGUGCGUCUGACCUUACCUGGGGAAGUGGCGGGCUGGGCCCACGUGUCGGAGGUUCUAGAGGACCCCGAGCCGGGCUCCUUCCCCACCAGCACCCUGAAGGUGGGCCAGGAGGUGCAGGCCCGCGUCAUCGGGGGCAGGGACGUCGUCAGCCACAAAUUCCUGCCGAUCUCCCACCCCGGCUUUGUCUACUCCCAGCCUGUCCUCUCGCUGCUUCCAAGAAAGGUGAAGGAGCCGGUGGACCGCAAUGUUCUGGAGGCCGGAAUCAAGAUGGACGACCUCCUACCUGGCCAGGAGCUCACCUGCUAUGCCUCCAAGUAUAUUUCAGCCAUAAAGUGUCUGGAGGUUGCAGUGACCCCGAAGAUAACAGGCACUGUGGAGGUGUUGGCCAUGACGACCAAUGCCAAGGAGGCCAAGAGGCCAGAGAAGCUGGUGAAGGUGGGCCAGGCCAUGAAGGCCAAGGUGGUGUCCGUGUCCACCCAGCCCAAGCGUCUCUUCCUCUCACUUACCGGGACACACACGCUGUCGCCGGGGAACGUCGUCAUAGCGGCCGUGAGUAAGGUGAUGCCGCGCGUGGGCCUGUUGCUCAAGCUGCCGUUUGGGGGCAAGGGCACGGCGUCCAUCUUGGACCUGUUGGACAGCUAUGCGCCCAACCCACUCCAGCAGUACAGCGAGGACCAGCUGGUCAGGUGCUGCAUUCUUGAAGACAAUGGAAAGAAUAAAUAUCACGUGUCGCUCAGACCAUCAAGGACUCACCCAGAUAAGAAGCUGCCAAUCACAGACGCUGAGGUGUUGUCCAUAGAGGACCUGAAGGAAAGGCCGGUCCUUCAGGGCUAUGUAGCAGCCGUGGGAGACAAGGGCAUUUUUGUCAGGUUAUCAAGGACCAUCACAGGGCGAGUGGAGUAUAAGAAGGCGACCAACUACUACGUGAAGGAUCACAGUCUCUACUCCAAACAUGUCGCUCCGGACAUGCUACUCACUGUCAAAGUUCUGAGUGUGAAUAGCGAGAACAGUCACGUGGAGCUGUCCAUUCUUCCAGCGGACACUGGGAAGGCAGACAUCAUCCCAGAGUCCCUCCGCCUGCCACUCAGGAAGAGACUGGAGAAGAAGAGGAAGAGGAAGAUAACAGAGAGUACAGUGGUGGAAGCACCUUUGGAAAAGAGGAGGAAAAAGAAGAAGAAGAAGCAGCCCAACGCGGAGGACAACGACAGCGGGGUCGAGGUGUACUUCAGAGAGGAAGACACAGAGUCCACUGAGAAAGAUCCAGCUAAGGUUCCGGCGUCCAAGAGCUCCACAGGCCCAGCACGGUUGAAGGUGUCUGCGGGCUUUUCCUGGGACGCCACCCUCAGCUCGCUCCGGCCUGCCACGUCCGCCCCUGACCACCAGUCCAGCGCCGAAGAGGAGGAGGAGGAGGAAGAGCAGCCGGUGGAGAAGAAGACUCAGAAGAAAACACGUAAGGCCCAGGAGGCGGAGUCUAAGCGUGAGGAGGCGGAGCUGCGCCAGCAGGAGGCGGAGCUGAUGGACCCGGCGCAGCGUCCCCAGAGCACCCACGCCUUUGAGCGCCUCCUGCUGGCCUCGCCCAACAGCUCCCUGGUCUGGCUCCAGUACAUGGCCUUCCACCUGCAGGCCACCGAGAUCGAGCAGGCGCGCGCCGUGGCCGAACGUGCCCUCAAGACCAUCUCCUUCAGAGAGGAGCAGGAGAAGCUGAACGUGUGGGUGGCCCUGAUGAACCUGGAGAACAUGUACGGCAGUGAGGAGAGCCUGCAGAAGGUGUUUGAGCGCGCCGUGCAGUACUGCGAGCCCCUGCCCGUCUACCAGCGCCUCGCCGACAUCUACGCCCAGUCCGACAAGAUCAAGGAAGCGGAGGACAUGUACAAGAGCAUGGUGAAGCGCUUCCGCCAGGAGCCCGCCGUGUGGCAGAGCUACGGCGCCUUCCUGGUGCGGCAGGGCCACAGCGACGCCGCCAAUGCCCUCCUGCAGAGGGCGCUCAAGAGCCUGUCCAACAAACAACAUGUGGACUUGAUCACCAAAUUUGCUCGUUUGGAGUUCCAACACGGAGAUAAGGAGCGAGGCAAGUCCAUGUUCGACAAGGUCCUGACCAGCUACCCCAAACGCGCUGACCUCUGGUCGGUCUUCAUUGACCUAAUGAUCAAGCACGGCAGCCAGCAGGAAGUUAGGGAGCUGUUUGACCGUGUCAUCCACCUGAGUGUGGCGGUCAAGAAGAUCAAGUUCUUCUUCAAGCGCUAUCUGGAGUACGAGAAGAAGAACGGCACGCCCGAUACCAUCCAAGCGGUCAAGCAGAAGGCCCUGGAGUAUGUGGAGUCAAAAGGAGUCGAGGAAGCCAGCUAGAACUCUCUCUGACACACACACUCACAAACACUCUCAUGCACAGACUGGUCAAAAGUAUACUCGCACCCAUUCAUAUGAACUAAUUCAUGCAUACAAGGCUCACAAACACCAAGUGCCUACAAAACAGAUCAGGAAUACCUCCAGUCAAACACACACACGCAUACGGUUGGCCCGAUUAAUGGUCUUAUCUUACUGGACUGAAACUUCUACAGGAGGGUAGAUUUGAUAAAAUGCAAAGAAUGUGUGUGCGUGCUCUCCACAAAGGAAUGGUUGAAUUGGUCUGUGUGGAUAUUUUUAAUACAUGUGUAAUUUAUGCUAGAUGCAAGACCUUAAGCUACACGAAGAUUCUUCCUCUUCAUGUUCUAAAAUACCUUGCAGUGUAUUGAUUCAGUGUCUCAACGUGUUUUUGUAAUAAAAAAAACAACCAGUGAA